CCGCGGAGCAGCAGGGCCUGGCACUUCGUCCUGAGCGGCGUGAGGCGCGAGGCGGAGCCGCGGGGAGCGCGGGGAUGGGGCUACGACUCCGACGGGCAGCAGCACAGCGACUCGGACUCAGAGCCAGAGUUCUCCUCCCUGUCUCCCUCCAUCCCGAGUGCCAUCCCCGUGACCGGAGAGUCCUACUGCAACUGUGAGAACCAGAGCGAGGCUCCAUUCUGCUCUGGCCUGCACGCCCUGCACCGCCUCAAGGACUGCCGCUGCGGCGAGGAGGACGAGUAUUUUGACUGGGUGUGGGAUGACCUGAACAAGUCCACGGCCACCCUGCUGACCUGUGACAACCGCAAGGUGAACUUUCACAUGGAGUACAGCUGUGGCACCGCGGCCAUCCGCGGCAACAAGGAGCUGGCCGAGGGGCAGCACUUCUGGGAGAUCAAGAUGACCUCCCCAGUGUAUGGCACUGACAUGAUGGUGGGAAUUGGGACGUCGGAUGUGAACCUGGACAAGUACCGGCACACCUUCUGCAGCCUGCUGGGCAAGGACGAGGACAGCUGGGGACUGUCCUACACAGGACUGCUGCACCACAAGGGAGACAAAACAAACUUCUCCUCAAGGUUUGGCCAAGGCUCCAUCAUUGGGGUCCACCUGGACACGUGGCAUGGGACACUCACCUUCUUUAAGAACCGCAAGUGCAUAGGAGUUGCAGCCACCAAGCUGCAGAACAAGAAGUUUUACCCCAUGGUGUGCUCGACAGCAGCCAAGAGCAGCAUGAAGGUGAUCCGGUCCUGCGCCAGCUGCACCUCCCUGCAGUACCUGUGCUGCUUCCGCCUGCGCCAGCUCCUGCCCGACUACGUGAACACGCUGGAGGUGCUGCCCUUGCCCCCAGGACUCAAGCAGGUGCUGCACAACAAACUGGGGUGGGUCUUGAGCAUGAACUAUAGCACUUUGAAGCCUUCCUCUUCCUCCUCCUCCUCCUCGGGGAGCGACUCGGACAGCUCUUGCGGCUCGGACGCAGAGGCCUGCCAAAGGAAGAGGUGCAGGAGGACAUAGUGGCUCAGCAGAGGAACUGCUGCGAGGGAGGUGGAUGGGGUUUGUUCUGCUGUCUGCCAGGGCUGGCCAAGCCUGAGGCACCUCCUCCUUCGUGGGAACGUCUCUUUCUGCUUGUUGGCAAAGAUUUUCCUAGUGCUGCUGGGAAUCUUUGGCCUCCACAUCCAUCA